AUGUCGGCGUCGGAAACUCUUUCGGAUUCGCAACUUCUGUUCUACGCUUCCUGUGGUACCAUGUUGACCAAUGUCGGGACUUUGAUGUCGAGGCACUAUAUCACCUUUCUGAUCCAGAUGUUCAUGCCUGCUGACGCCUUUCGGAGCCUCUCCAUGGCUAUACUCCGUAAAAUGGAAAUCCCUUAUUUAAUCGGCUGUUAUAGUGUUCCAUUUGUCCCCGACUUUGUCUAUAUCUUUAUUAAGAAUAAGGGCAGCUUUGUUAUUGCUGUCAAUUUCUUCAUGUGUAUCUGCGCUGGAAAUAUGAUUUACCAAAAACGGAGAGAACUUGACGAGUUUAGCUCGACGGAUCGGCAUCUUACCUACGGAGGAGACAAUAUUGGCAUAAUUAAGACCACCGAGGUGCCGGUACCUGCCGAGGCCAUGACUCCGAAUGCGAUUCACCUGCAACCCAUGAGCCGCCAAGCAACAGACCCUAGCGAUCCGAACACGAACGGGAUCUAUUUGGUUCAUAUUUCAGCUCAUGGCAACUCUGGAGACAUUGCCGAUGAAGGGGUUCCUAUUGAGCGGCAACAGACUCGAGUUCCAUCAAGCGUCAACCGUAUCUAUUUCGUCCUAAACACCAAUAGCACGUUUAUCCCGAUCGGGUUUAUGAUUGCCUGUAGUACGUGCAAGAAUCUAUUCACUGACCUGCGACAGGGUCGACGUCCCCAUUUAACAGAACUUAUGGACGGCAUGGCGCCCGAUAUUUGUGGCAAUCACCGUCUUCGAAGACAUAACCUUCCCCAUUUCCGGGCGAAUACGACCUCGAAUAAGUUUGAGACAGGAAGUACGACGGAAUUAGCUAAUGAGAGCCGGUCAACAUCAGAUGAUUGA